UCCUCUGAUCCGCUGAUUCUGAUUCUCCCUCCCCCACGAUUCAUCCCAAUUUCCGACUCAGUAAAAAAAGGAAAAAAGAGUGGCGCAUAUUAAUUGGAAGGUACAGUGGGAAUUAAUCCGAUUCCUGAUAUAGUGAGUUGGUAAUGCGUAUGUCGAUAUCACACGCAUCACCAAGUGCUGGGAAUUUGGCAUCAAUGGGGACGAAUUCGAAUUCGUCAUCUUCGAAUUCGAUUUCGUCGAUGUUGAAUAGACAAGUGAAAGUCAUUCCAUUACAACAUCCUUCGACUUCUUCGAAUCAGCAAUCAUCAUCGUCGAGUUCGAGCAGUGAGAAUUCUGUUUUUAAGAAAUGGAAAACGAAGGCGGAGAGAAUGACGUGGUUGGAAUGGAUGAAAUUCUUUUUUCCAUGUAUAAGAUGGAUAUCUACUUAUAAUGUUUCUGAGUAUCUUCAACCUGAUCUUAUGGCUGGUAUUACUGUUGGUAUUAUGCUUGUUCCUCAGGCAAUGUCAUAUGCAAAAUUAGCUGGGCUUCAUCCAAUUUAUGGACUUUAUUCUGGGUCGAUUCCUAUAUUUAUCUACGCGAUAUUUGGGUCGUCUAGGCAGCUAGCAAUUGGUCCGGUCGCAUUGGUUUCGCUACUGGUGUCUAAUGUACUGGGGAAAAUUGCUGAUCCGACGGAUGCAUUGUAUACGCAACUUGCGAUACUGUUGGCACUUAUGGUUGGAAUUUUGGAAUGUGUAAUGGGAAUCUUAAGGCUUGGAUGGAUUAUACGCUUCAUUAGUCACUCCGUGAUUUCUGGCUUUACAACUUCGUCAGCCAUUAUUAUUGCCUUGUCUCAAGCCAAAUACUUCUUGGGAUAUAGUAUUGUUCGAAGCAGUGAAAUCAUACCACUUAUUGAAAGUGUCAUUGCUGGCGCCCAUCAGUUUAACUGGCGUCCUUUUUUAAUGGGAUCAAGCAUUCUCGCGAUUCUUCUUAUAAUGAAGCACUUGGGAAAAACACAAAAGUCGCUGAGAUUCUUAAGAGCCGGUGGUCCUCUUACAGCAGUUGUUCUGGGUACUGCUUUUGUGAAAAUAUUUCAUCCUGCUUCCAUUUCUGUGGUGGGAGAUAUACCACAAGGCCUUCCCAAGUUCUCGGUUCCUAAAAGUUUUGAUCAUGUGAGGUCGUUAAUACCCACUGCUCUUCUAAUUACGGGUGUCGCCAUACUGGAAUCUGUUGGGAUUGCAAAAGCUUUAGCAGCGAAGAAUGGAUAUGAGUUGGACUCAAAUCAAGAGCUAUUUGGUCUCGGUGUAGCAAACAUAUGUGGUUCAUUCUUCUCAGCAUAUCCUACAACAGGAUCAUUUUCCAGGUCAGCUGUAAAUCAUGAGAGUGGAGCAAAAACUGGCUUAGCUGGUCUUACCAUGGGAGUCAUAAUGUGUUGUGCUCUUUUGUUCAUGACGCCAUUAUUUAGAGAUAUUCCACAAUGUGCUCUGGCUGCUAUUGUGAUUUCCGCUGUAAUGGGUUUGGUGGAUUAUGAUGAAGCCAUCUUCCUAUGGCGUGUGGACAAAAAAGAUUUUUUUCUUUGGACUGUUACCAGUGUUACAACACUGUUUCUUGGCAUUGAGUAUGGUGUCCUUAUCGGGGUUGGCUUCUCCCUUGCAUUUGUCAUCCAUGAAUCAGCGAAUCCACACAUUGCUGUCUUGGGACGUCUUCCUGGCACCACAGUUUACAGAAACAGCAAACAGUAUCCAGAAGCAUAUACAUAUCAUGGGAUUGUGAUUGUGAGAAUUGAUGCACCUAUCUAUUUUGCGAAUACAAGUUUUAUAAAAGAAAGGCUACAGGAAUUUGAAAUCAAUACUGAGGAUGGGUCAAACAAACGCGGACCAGAAGUUGAAAGAAUUUACUUUGUGAUAUUAGAGAUGGCACCUGUUACAUAUAUCGACUCCAGCGCUGUUCAAGCAAUAAGAGACCUGCAUCAGGAGUACAAAUCACGGGAUAUUCAGAUUGCAAUUUCGAACCCAAACAGGGAAGUACUACUGGCUCUCUCCAAUUCUGGUGUAUUUGAUCAGAUUGGGAAAGAGUGGUUUUUUGUUAGAGUUCAUGAUGCUGUUCAAGUUUGCCUACAACACGUCCAGAGCUUAAAUGAAUCACCAAAAUCAAUCGAUUUACUGAAUGAAAAGAAAUCAAAUUUCUUCCAGAGGUUAAGCAAACAUCAAGAAAAUGAUGGGUCAAACACAGAACCGGAAUCUAGUGAUAAAGAAACUCGGAUCUUUAUACAUCCAGAUGAGACGGGGGAGCGAAGACCUGACAGGCCAAUAAGUUUGUUUGGGAGACAAUGGAGAGCAGGAGAAAGCGAGAAGAACCCGCACACAGAACCAUUGCUUCCCCGGAAAGAUUGACAUCUUAACUAUAUCAUCCCAUACCGUUCUCAUAUCCCUUCGUGUGAUUCGUUCAUUUUAUCCUAGUUUUAUUCAUCUGGCAAAAUGUUUGUAGCUUAAUUUGUUAUUGGCGGGAGGCGGGACGCUGAUUUGUGAGCGGUUGCACCAAAAGCUUUUCAUCCAUCACAUUCGGCACAUUCAGGUUUUCAACAUUACAUUCGACACAUUCUGCAGUAUAUAUUGUUUGUAUAAUUUAUUGUGGUCAUAUAUAUAUGACUUCUGUAACAUUUGAUUUCUGUCUAUAUAUAGUGAUAUCAGUUUUGUAAUAUUCAGUUGAUAUUAUGAUUUGAUCAAAUAUUAUUCUUGUUACUGUGUUUA